AUGGGGUUCACCUUUUUAGAUGUAUGCUCACCUCCUCGUGAUUGUUUCUGCGACAGUGAUUGCACAACUGCCGCUCAUGCUAUCAUUCUAGUCUUUUGUGAUCUAACUCGAGAGUUUUGGAGGCAUUAUCGAAAUAAGUUGGCCCGGAUGAAAUGCGAACGAGUAGUCACCAAGUGGUGUCCGCCUCCGAACAUCAAUCAACCAAAUCAAGCAAACCCGCAGCCGAAUACGAAUCAACAACAACAGAAUAGUAAAGCUGGACAAGCCGGCGAGUUUGUAGGAGGACUUCUCAGUGGGCUUCUUCUUGGAGCAACUGGAUUAUUGCCUCCUCCUUUCGGGUUCCCCUAUGGACCACCGAUGCCUUUCCCCAUGGGACCAGGUGUUUUUCCCUACGGUGCACCUGAUCCAUUUAUGCCAGUAGGACCAUUCCCGUAUGGAGGGCCUGGAGGACCUAUGUUUGGUGGACCUGGAAUUCCUUUUGCCCCAAUGCCUGGAGCAAUGCCGUUUGGCGGACCUCCAUUUAUGGGGCGGUAG